AUGGAAGAUACAAGUCAACCAAUAGAAGUUGAUCGAUCUAUGUGUGGGGAUGAUUCAAUGAUAAGUCCUUCCCUAGAAGAUGAAUCUCAAACUAUGGGUCCUCUUAUCGAUGAAAAUCCUAAGAAUAAUGCGUAUGGAAAGAGAGAGAGGCGGAAGACUUCGCCUGUUUGGAAUGACUUUGAUAUUGUAGAAGUUUGUGGUGUCAAGAAAUCGCAGUGUAAGUGGUGCAAAAAGUUGUUUGCCAUUUUUAGCUCAAGUUCUACCUCUACACUUGGUAGACAUUUGGUUGCAUGUCUCAAAUAUGUGGCUGCCAACAAGAAGCAAAAGUCCAUUGUCCUUGAUCCUAAUGCGGCGGGGGAUAUAUCUUUGUCAAAUUAUACUUUUAAAAUUGAGAGAUCUAGAGAACUUGCUGCUCACAUGAUUCUUUGCCAUGAUUAUCCUUUUAAUAUAAUGGAGCAUGAAUUGUUUAACAAGUUCUGCAAGUCCUUAAAUCCCCUUUGGAAGAAGGUUAGUCGUACAACCAUUAGGAAAGACUGUUUUACUACGUACAAUAUUGAGAAGAAGAAGUUGAAAACAUUGUUGACGGGGGUGGACAAGGUAAACAUCACCACGGAUAUGUGGACAAGUGCACAAAGAGUGUCAUAUAUGGUGGUGACUUGCCAGUUUGUGGACUCCGAUUGGUUUCUUCAAAAGAGAGUGUUGAAUUUUUGUAACAUACCACCUCCACAUAGUGGUGUUGUUAUUGCUGAUGCACUGCGAAAGUGUUUUGGUGAUUGGGGCAUUGAAGACAAGGUAUUUACAAUAACGGUUGAUAAUGCUAAAGCAAAUGAUACUGCCAUUAGAAUUCUUAAAGAUGAUUUCGAGUUGAGGGAAGUCUUGCCUAUUGGAGGUAGACUAUUUCAUGUGCGAUGUUGUGCUCAUGUAACUAACUUGUUGGUGCAAGCAGGACUUACUGAAAUUGGAGACAUAGUUGAUUCAGUUAGAGAGGGUAUCAAGUAUAUAGUGGCUUCUGAGGGUUGA